GCUGGGGACCCCGUGCUGUUCCCAGGGGAUGCUCAGCAUCCUUUACCAGUGUGAGUUUGCUGCAGGACGAAGGGCUGGGGGGUGAUUCUUGCAGCCCUUGUGAGCAGCAGGAUCCUCCCUCGCCAGCCACAUCCUCCCCUCAGACCCCACUGGUUUGGCCUUGCCGUGGCCAAAGCAGCACCGAUUUCCUGCCGUGCCCAAGGCCCCGGGUGACUGCGGCUGCUCCAUCCUCCAUAGCCGCCGCCUGGCACCCCUCGGUCCCAGGGGAGGGCUGGAAGGGGAGGAAGCCACCAACAGCCUUGGCUGGGGACACUGGGGCAGCAAGAGGAAGCUGCCAGCACCCUGUGACAGCGCGAGGACGUGGGUCCCCUCCCCGGAAGGAAGGCGCUCUUGGUCUCCAUCAUCCCCGUGCAGGGUGCAGGGUCUGCCGCACCCCCUCGGCACCCAGGGUGUCCUGACCCUGCAGUCCCUGCCCAUCCACCCGCUGCCAUGCCCGUGACCGUCACCCUGCCCGGUCCAGCCCCGUGGGGCUUCCGCAUCACGGGGGGAAGAGACUUUGGGAAGCCCAUCACUGUCUCCAAGGUGACAGAGCACGGGAAGGCGGCCACGGGUGACCUGCGUCCCGGGGACAUCAUCAUCACCAUCAACGGGGAGAGCGCAGCCAAGAUGCUCAACGUGGAGGCGCAGAAUAAGAUCAAGCAGAGCCCUGGGCAGCUCUGGCUGCAGGUGGAGAGAUCCCCGGUGCCACCUCCCAGCCACACCAACGGGGACACCUCACCAGAGAGGCUGGCCACUCGCUUCCAGGAUGUGCUGUGGAUGCAGGAAGAGAGUCGGGGUGCCCGGAGAUGCUCCAGCCCAGCAUCCCGCAGCCCCCUGCCCAGCAGCAGCAGCUCACAGCUCAUGGAGGAGAUCGUCUGUCCCAGCCUCUGCCAGGAGCGAGGAAGCUUGAACAGCUCCUCGGGGUCUGCGCUGCCUCCACCCCCCCGCCCACCCUCACCGGGGCUCGGGGCACCCCCGAACCCCUGGGAGACCCUCAGAGAGCGGCGCAGCUCUUCAUCCUCUCCCAACCCCUGCAGCAGCCCGGGCUCGGAGCCGGCCAUGCGGCGCUUGGAGGAGGAUUCCGAGGUCUACAAGAUGCUGCAGGAGAACCGGGAGCUGCGGGCGGCUCCGCGGCAGUCCAGCACCUUCCGCCUGCUGCAGGAGGCGCUGGAGGACGAGGCUGGAGCCAGCCCCGCAGCGCCCUUCCCGAGCCGUCUCUCGCCCAGCGCCCGCAAACCCGUGGCCGGGCUCCAGAAGCUGCACGUCUGUGAGAAGUGCGGCAGCAGCAUCGCGACACAGGCGGUGCGGAUCCAGGACGGGCGGUACCGGCACCCAUCCUGCUACGCCUGCGCCGACUGCGGCCUCAACUUGAAGAUGCGGGGACACUUCUGGGCGGGGGACGAGCUCUACUGUGAGAAACACGCCAAGCUGCGCUACCAGGGCCCCCCCGGGGGCACCAGCGUCCCCCCGGUGUCCCCCCACUCCUGAGCCCCAGGCACGGGGCUAUGGGGAGCUCCCCGCUGCACCCCCUCAUCCCCUGGGGCACCCCAACAAUCCCAUUGCUUUGGUAGGGUUGGGGUCCGGAAGGGGGUUUGGGUUGGGGCUGGUGGUGGGGGUGUGAACUGCAGCUGCCCCCCCUUUGCCCUUGCUGUGUCAGUGUGUGUGUGAUGAGCUUGGGUUAGUUCUCAGCCUGGGUUGCAGCAGCUGUAUGUGCCCCAGGGGCACAGCAGGGGCAUAAAGGGGGGCACACAGGGAUGCUUGAGCACUUAGGUACCGGAGAGGGGGCUGGCACCGCUUCAUGCACUGACUGCAAAGGGCUUCUCCGAGCUAUUAAACCAGAUCUCUAUAUAAAUAUAAUAUAUAUUUGCUCCA